UGUAAGAUGGAACGUGUGACAUCAAAUUAAAAUGUAUAGAUCCGCAAAUUAUAAAUCAUUCGAUUAACGAUUAAACUGUAACGUGCUAAAAAAUUUGUUAAAUCUACAGGUUGAACGCAGAAAUUCUGUCGCGACAUUUAUUUAACGCCCAAGUCGAAACGUAAAGUUUUGGAAGGAACAUGAAUCGUCAUCCAAAUCCAGAUUCUAAGUCCCGCAGCGAACCUCUAGUGGAAUUAGAAAGUCAAUUUAUUUUACGCUUACCACCGGAACCGUCACGAGUCUUACGAGAAAUUUUACGCAGUGGUUUGCCUUUGAAAGAUAGGCUGAGUAUAAAAUUGGAGAAUGAUAUGCGUUAUGGUGAAGUUAGAUUUGACCAUUGGCUACUUCAUACAAAGGUUGUUGACCUGCCAACAAUUGUGGAAUCCUUAAAAACCAUUGACAAUAAAAGUUUCUACAAAACUGCAGAUGUCUGCCAGUUAUUGAUUUGUAAAGAAGAAGAUGAUCACACUACAACGGAUGAAGAAUCCCCUGUAAGGCAAAAGAAGAAAGAUCCGAAUAAAGUAGACAAAAAAUUUUUAUGGCCACAUGGUAUAACUCCUCCUACUAAAAACGUAAGACGUAGAAGAUUCAGGAAAACUCUGAAAAAGAAAUACGUAGAAGCUCCGGAAAUUGAGAAGGAAGUGAAGCGUUUAUUAAGGGUGGAUAAUGAUGCUGUUAAUGUUAAAUGGGAAGUAAUAUGCGAAGAUGAAGAUCAAUCAAAGCCAAGUAAAGUAUCGUCGUCUGGUACUGUAAAAACUAAAAGGGAAAGUAUUAAUGGUAAUACUUCUCAAAGCCUCGAUGUCGCGGAACAUGAUAUAUUUGGCGAGCCUGUUAGCGAUAGCGAAGACGACGACGAAGAAGCGAACAUAAAUGUCAUGGAAUUGGAUGAAAAUAGUCGACUUUCGGUAGAUAGCAGAGUGUCAGAUUCUAAUUCUAUGCAAGCCACGUAUUCCGAAAGAUCUAAUCACAACGCAACAACAAGUAACACUCUUGUCACGGAGUUUAAGAAGGAAAUGUUCCAGAACGAUAAUAACUGUGAAACAGAAGGUGAUAAACCAGUAGAUGCAAUAUCAAAAUUACCUAAAAUGGAACAAUUCCAUUCGGAAUAUAUAAUUCCAGAUGAUUUCUCAGAAAUACCAUCUGCUCCAGCAUCAAAAGAUUUGUUGCAAACACGUCUUGCAACGUUACACGCAGAAUUAGCCGAAUUGCGACAACGAAGACAACAACAAGAACUUGAAAUUGCUAAUAUUGAAAAUGUUAAAUUGAGACAAAGAUUUCAGGAGAUACUGGAUAAUUUGCUAACGCAAGAAAUGCAAAAAGUACAAGAGAUACAAAAUUUAGACUUGGAGUAAUAUUCGAAAUGUACUGUGCUAAUCGAUUAAACAUUGUUGUCAAAACAUCCAACUUUGUGAAGUUCCUUAUAAAAAAAAAUAUAUGUGAAU